AUGUCACUCCUGCUCACCGCGCACGCCAACGAGGACCGGUAUGCUGUGCGGUACGAUCUCAACGAGGAUCUAUCGCGUGCCUCCCGCCGGAGCGAGAGAAUGCGCGACGAGGCGUCGGCCCCAGCCUCCCGCGGCUCUUCCCCAACCCCCUCUUCGCCGAUCCCUCCGUCGAACGCCUUUUUUGCGGUGUACGAUGGGCAUGGCGGCUCCGACUGCUCCUCGCUCGCAGCCACCCGGCUUCACCUUCUCCUCGCUCAUGAUGAGGAGGCGACCUCCGAGACAUUUGGCAGACCGAGGCGGCGCCACGCGCGCCGCGUACACCCGAACUUCCGAUCGCUCGGGGACGUGCGCGUUGGCCGUAUUGUUGCGCGGCUCGAAGCUGCAUGUCGCUUCCGUCGGCGAUUGCCGCACGCUGCUCGUGAGCGGCGAGCACACAUACCAGCAGCUGACCACUGACCAGCGCGCUUCCGAGCCGGCCGAGAGGGCGCGCAUCCUUGAGUGCGGCGGCGAGAUAUCUGCGGACGGGCGCGUUUGGGGCUCGCUCAUCCCCAGCCGCACGCUCGGCGAUUUCCCGUGGAAGGACCGCGACGGCGGACGCGCCCUCAGCUCGUUGCCGGCGUGCGCUUCCUUCUCUGUCCUCCCCACGCACAAAUAUCUCGUCCUCGGCUCGGACGGGCUCUUCGACGUGUUGCAGAACCGGACCAUCGCCCGCCUCAUCGGCCGGCUCAACUCUGGCGCACAGCGCGCCUGCAACGAGCUGGUGAAGGAGAUCAAGAAGCGGCCUGGCACCGACGACACGACAGUCAUCGUUAUCCACUUUGAGAGGGAUCGCCAGAGAGAAUGCUCAGCUGACAAGCUGUUCGGCGCCGUCCGCCGCUCGGUGACGGUCUGAACGAUUUUUGAGAUAUCCCGCAAAUAAAUAAAUAAAACUGACACCUCU